AGGGGCUGAGCCUAGACUGCAUUCCUGUGUCCUCGGCUCCCUUCCUUUCCCCCUCCCCAUGCCCCACACAGGCUUCUGAGUCCGAGUGUUCCAGUUCCUCCUCUGGGGCAGGUCACUUCACGUCUCUGGGCUUUGCUUUCCCCUCUGUAAAAUGGGUAUAAUGAGCACCCAGCCCCGUCAUUGCGAGGAUCACAGGGGAUGAAAGGCUCUGGAGUGCUUUGUGGGCUUCCAGGGAGCCGGGAACAGCGAGCCAGCUCAUCACUGCUGGGAUGCUGUCGGGUUCUGCCAGGGUGUCCCCCUCAUCCCUAUCCGCACGUGGGCUGGGUUGUUCUCUGCGGAGGGCCGCCCUGGGCACUGCGGUGGCCUUUACCCCACUAGGGUCUUCAGCACCCCUCUGACCCCCAGUUGUGAUAACCGCAUUGUCCCAGAUAUCGCCCAGUGUCCCCUGGGGAGCACAGUCACCCCCAGGUGAGACCCUCUCACUUAACAUUUAACCCAUAGCAGUCUGAUAUCUGGCUGUGUCCCCAUGUACCUCAAGUUUGGGUUCCCUUUGUCCCCUUCCCCGCUUCCUGUCUUUAAUAGGGAGGGGCUCGUAUUUGCAAACUGUCCAGCCCAUAGCCCUCAGCCUGGUAUGGGUCCUUCCCAGCUGUCACUCCGCCUUUCCCUUGCCCUUCCCAGCCUGCAGCUCUCCCCUCCCCUCCCCCCAUACCUACGGAAGAGGACCUUUCAGACACCCGUGCCACCUGAGCCCAUGCUGCCAGACCCUGACCUUGUCCGUGGUGCGGGGGACUUCCCAGCUGUUCUUUGCUCAUGGGCCCCGGCAGGUCCCUGCCCAGGUUUCCACACCCUUCUCGCCAUUGUACUCCUUCCUGUCGAUUCGUUGAACGGUUUUCUGGAUUUUAAGGUGCCUCUUUCAAUCUUCGUCUCUUCCUAAACGAUGAUGUUCGUGAAGCCGCGGGACUGUUAGUGUGCUCGUUACAGGUAUUUUUUACACAAAUGAAAUGAAUUUAAGACAUUUUUUAAAGUUUGUAGCACCUCAAUUACUAAGGCCUGAGAGGAUCAGUGAAUCGAUUGUUGUUGGAUCAGUGAAUCGAUUGUUGUUGGAUGAAUUGGCUUCUGAGCGGACUCCCUGCUUUGCCUCGGCCCGUGCUGGCAGCGUCUCGUUGGUUAGGAACUAUCACCGUAGCUGGAACCUGACAGAAACCUGAGCCACUUAUUGGAGCAUCUGUCGUUGCCGCCUCGGCCAUCCGGGACAGCCAGGAAAUCCCAAGUGUGGCGGUGUCUCAGCUGCAGCCAUGGGGUCUGAGGAUCACGGCGCCCAGAACCCGAGCUGUAAAAUCAUGACGUUUCGCCCAACUAUGGAAGAAUUUAAGGACUUCAACAAAUACGUGGCCUACAUCGAGUCCCAGGGAGCCCACCGGGCGGGCCUGGCCAAGAUCAUCCCCCCAAAGGAGUGGAAGCCACGGCAGACGUACGACGACAUAGACGAUGUGGUCAUCCCGGCCCCCAUCCAGCAGGUGGUGACGGGCCAGUCGGGCCUGUUCACGCAGUACAACAUCCAGAAGAAGGCCAUGACGGUCGGGGAGUAUCGCCGCCUGGCCAACAGCGAGAAGUACUGCACGCCGCGGCACCAGGACUUCGACGACCUGGAACGCAAGUACUGGAAGAACCUCACCUUUGUCUCGCCCAUCUACGGGGCUGACAUCAGCGGCUCUUUGUACGACGAUGAUGUGGCCCAGUGGAACAUCGGGAACCUGCGGACCAUCCUGGACAUGGUGGAGCGUGAAUGCGGCACCAUCAUCGAGGGCGUCAACACCCCCUACCUGUACUUUGGCAUGUGGAAGACCACCUUCGCCUGGCACACGGAGGACAUGGACCUGUACAGCAUCAACUACCUGCACUUCGGGGAGCCCAAGUCAUGGUACGCCAUCCCACCGGAGCAUGGCAAGCGCUUGGAGCGGCUGGCAAUAGGGUUCUUCCCCGGGAGCUCCCAGGGCUGUGACGCCUUCCUGAGGCACAAGAUGACCCUCAUCUCGCCCAUCAUCCUCAAGAAGUACGGCAUCCCAUUCAGCCGGAUCACACAGGAGGCCGGAGAGUUCAUGAUCACCUUCCCCUACGGCUACCACGCCGGCUUCAACCACGGCUUCAACUGUGCCGAGUCGACCAACUUUGCCACUCUGCGGUGGAUUGAUUAUGGCAAGGUGGCUACUCAGUGCACGUGCCGGAAAGACAUGGUCAAGAUCUCCAUGGACGUCUUCGUGCGCAUCCUGCAGCCAGAGCGCUACGAGCUGUGGAAACAAGGCAAGGACCUCACGGUGCUCGACCACACCAGGCCCACGGCCCUGAGCAGCCCCGAGCUCAGCUCCUGGAGCGCCUCCCGGGCCUCGCUCAAGGCCAAGCUCCUCCGCAGACAAAUUAGUCUGAAAGAAAGCAGACACUGGAGAAAGACUGAGGAGGAGAGGAAGCCAAACCUAGAGAGGAGGAGAGAGCAGAGCAGGAGGCCGGGGCCGCCGUCCCACCGGAAGCGCAGCCAACCCAAGAAGCCCAAGCCAGAAGACCCCAAGUCGCCAGGGGAGGGCCCCGCCGGGGCGGCCCUCCUGGAGGAGGCGGGCGGCGGUGCAAAGGAGGAGGCCAUGCAGGAGGCCGACCCCGAGGACGAGGAGGAGGACCCGCAGCCCCCGCCACAGGGCCGGGAGGUGGAGGGGCCAGAAGAGGAUGGGCGGGGCAAGCUGCGGCCGGUCAAGGCCAAGAGUGACCGGAAGAAGAAGAGCCACAGCCCCCUGCACUCUCACCACCCGCUUCUGCCCCAGCGGCCACCACCCCCACCGACCCAGUUCCCCACCGAGGAGGUGCCACCACCCCCACAGGGGCCCCCGGGGCUGAACCCCGGCCCUGCGGCCACCGAGGAGAGCACCCUGUCGCCGCCUCCCCUCAACGUCGUGCCCCCCCAGGCACCCGGGGAGGAGCCAGAGCUGAAGCCACGCCCCAUCAUCCCCAUGCUGUUCGUGGUGCCACGGGCCAGCCCAGCCACGUGCGACAAGGGCCGCGUGGCCUGCCAGCAGGCCUCUGAGCACUUCGCCCAGAAGGGCCCCACCUGGAAGGAGCAGGUGGCAGCCCCCAUGGAGCUGACAGGGCCCGAGGAGGAGAGAGCAGCCGGCGAGGUGCAGGCACCGUCAACGUUCUCCAAGUUGAAGAUGGAGAUCAAGAAGAGCCGGCGUCACCCUCUGGGCAAGCCACCGACCAGGUCCCCGCUGUCCGUGGUCAAGCAGGAGGCCUCCAGUGAUGAGGAAGCCUUCCCCUUCUCCGGGGAGGAGGACGUGAGUGACCCUGAGGCCUUGAGGUCGCUGCUGUCCCUGCAGUGGAGGAACAAGGCGGCGAGCUUCCAGGCCGAGAGGAAGUUCAACGCGGCGGCCGCCCUGACCGAGCCCUACUGCGCCAUCUGCACCCUCUUCUACCCGUACAGCCAGUCCCUGCAGACCGAGAAGGAGGCUCCCCCAUCCUCGCUCGGGGAGGGCCCCUCCACGCCGCCUUCCAAAAGCGGCCAGAAGACACGGCCGCUGAUCCCCGAGAUGUGCUUCACCUCCAGCGCCGAGAACACGGAGCCGCUGCCCGCCAACUCCUACAUCGGGGACGACGGGACCAGCCUGCUGAUCGCCUGUGCCAAGUGCUGCCUGCAGGUCCACGCCAGCUGCUACGGCAUCCGCCCAGAGCUGGUCAACGAAGGCUGGACGUGUUCCCGGUGUACAGCCCAUGCCUGGACCGCGGAGUGCUGCCUGUGCAACCUCCGAGGAGGAGCCCUGCAGAUGACGACCGACCGGAGGUGGAUCCACGUGAUCUGUGCCAUCGCAGUCCCUGAAGUGCGGUUCCUAAAUGUGAUGGAGCGCCACCCUGUGGACAUCAGCGCCAUCCCCGAGCAGCGGUGGAAGCUGAAAUGCGUGUACUGCCGGAAGCGGAUGAAGAGGGUCGUUGGCGCCUGCAUCCAGUGCUCCUGCGAGCACUGCUCCACGUCCUUCCACGUGACCUGCGCCCACGCCGCCGGGGUCCUCAUGGAGCCGGACGACUGGCCCUACGUCGUCUCCAUCACCUGCUUCAAGCACAAGGCCGGGGCCCACACCGUCCAGUUCCUGAGGGCGGUGUCCUUGGGCCAGGUGGUCAUCACCAAGAAUCGCAACGGGCUUUACUACCGGUGCCGCGUCAUCGGCACCACCACACAGACCUUCUACGAAGUGAACUUUGACGACGGGUCCUAUAGCGACAACCUGUACCCGGAGAGCAUCACCAGCCGAGACUGCGCCCGGCUGGGGCCCCCGCCCGAGGGGGAGUUUGUUGAACUCCGGUGGACUGACGGCAACAUCUACAAGGCCAAGUUCAUUUCCUCUGUGACCAGUCACAUCUAUCAGGUGGAGUUUGAGGACGGGUCCCAGCUGACGGUCAAGCGCGGCGACAUCUUCACCCUGGACGAGGAGCUGCCCAAGAGGGUCCGGUCACGGCUGUCACUCAGCACCGGGGCACCGCAGGACAGUGUCUUCUCCGGAGAGGAGGCGAAGGCCGCCAAGCGCCCGCGGGUGGGCGCCCCGCGUGCCACCGAGGACGCGGGGCGGAACCCGGACUACCUGGCCUUCGUGGAGAGCCUCCUGCAGGCCCCGUGCCGGCGUGGGGUCCCCUUCUAGGACAGCGGCCGCCCGGCCACCCCUCGGCCCAGCAAGGCAGGCGGCGGCGGGCCCUGGCGUUUGCUUGCUGUGAAUUCUGUCCUUGCCUCCCUGGCCCCCAGAGGCUACCUCCGUGCUCUGCGGGGACAGGAGCGAGCAGGACGCCGGCACGCGGCCCCCAGACUCAGGGAGCAGGGCCACGCAGGCUCUGGGGGGCCGGCCGGGGCUCGCGCCUCCCACCACUCAGAUUCGUAAACCACGUCAGCUCUUCUCGAAAAGGUGCUACUGCGUUGCCUGCCUCCCGAGCAGCCUUUGAGAUUGUGACUUCUGUACAUAAAUCACCUUUGUGAGGUUCUUUCUAUAAAUACCUAUUGUUUAAAAAAAAAAACACACAAGAAAAAAAGGAAAACAAAAGGAAAAGAGUCCCCAAAGUUGUUUUCUAGAUUUGUGGCUUUAAAAACAAAACGAAACGUUCUUUUUCUCAGAAACGAGACUUGACAUGCUGAGGAAGACAAAAGCAUCUCGUUUUUUUUUUUUUUGUUUUUGUUUUUUUUUUUUGUUCGUCCGUUUGUUGUUGUUUUGAAAUCUUACCGUCUGUGAGCGGGCAGGUGUGGAGAGGCCGGGAGGUGCCGGGGGCCUCGGGCAGGGCGCCCAGCGACGGCCGGUCCAUCACUCCACCCUGUCCCUCGCUCUCCCCCCGACUUCGCGAAGGUCUGGGCAGCGGGCAUCACUUCCUUGGUCCCUGCCAGCGCCUUUCUUCUUUGCACCGGACAGGAGAAGAGACAGGAGGAGGCUGACACUGCCCUUCGGUGGCCGAGCGCCGGCCACGGAGGCCUAGGCGCCUCCCUCCUGUCUGUGAGCCUUUGCAAAAUAAACACUCUCUUCUGGUUUGUUCCAUCUUUUGCUUCUUCUCCUGUGAGAACCAUUCCACAGCCAAGGCCUCAGGUGACGGAGUGUCCUCAGUGCCACCGAGGCCUCCGUCGGCCUGCUCAGGGGAAGGGAGACCUACAAGCUGAUGACCUCAGGGGCAAGCGGGCGCCUGGCUCCCCCGGGGGGUUGGACAGGCAGCUGAGUGGCCAGCUGGGCGACCCAGGUCCCGCCGUUUCCUGUUCGGUGAGGCCGGUGCCCCCAGCCCCCUCAGGGCCCCUGCUUUGGCUGUGGCCCUGUGUCGCAGGUCCUUCCUGGGACCCUGAGGGGCCGGCAGCAUCCUGUGUCACGUUUGACGCGUGGGUUCAUUUGUCUGGGACAGGGCGAGGGAGAGAGAUCGCCACGGCUUCCACCUUGAGGGAGGCCCGCCUCGUCAGAGUCUGGGUAGAAUCUAGGGGGGAGGAGAGGUGCCUCUCACGCGGGCCCGGGCGGGAGGCGGCCCUACUCAGCCUUCCCGCUCUCCAUCCCCAACCCCUGCUCGCCUCUGUAGAGGGAUCGGGAGCAUAAUUUGCUUGUAUAAAAAUUAUUUUGAAAAUUAAAAAAAAGAGUGUUUUAACAGUUGCCAGGCCAGAGAGAACUAUUUAAGGAAAAUGGAGAGAAAGUAAAUGAGCCGAGAACCUUUCAUUUCCUUGGUGGGGGGAGGGGCCAGGUGCCCAGAGUGGGCAGGGCUGGGAGGUUCCGAGGGGAGUCAGCCGAAAUGGGGGGGUCUCCCUCUGCAUGCAGCACCCCCGCCUGGUGGUGCUGUCACUGUGUUUAUAUGUAGUUUGAAAUGCUAUUUAUAUUGUAAAGAGAAUAAAAAGCAGGCGGACGCCCCCGCAGCCCUCAGGGUACGAGGGGGUCCAAGGGGUCGCCAGCCCCGUGGCAGGCUCUCUGGGUCGCGUCCCCGUGCGUUACGGGGCGACUUGUGCAGACAGGCCGCGGCACAGCAAAGGGGAGACACGUUUCCCCACAGAUAUAUCUGUGUCUCUGUGCAAAAACGAAAACCCACCCACCCUGGUUCUUUUCCCACCCGAGAUUGAGGAUGCGCUGUAUUUCUGCCUAAUUCCCCUGCCUCUAGGUUCAUACUGAAUUAAAGGCUCGUGAGCACUGCAAUUACA